GGCGGGCUGAGGGCGGGGCGGGGCUCUCCUAAGUGGGCUCAGCAACCAGCACCGCCCCUCCGAGCUCUGCCUGCUCUGAGAAGUAGGAAGUCGGCCUGGCAGAGAGCUGUCUGCAGGACCAUAGCACCAGCACCAUGCCCAUGACGCUGGGUUACUGGGACAUCCGCGGGCUGGCCCAUGCCAUCCGCCUGCUCCUGGAGUACACAGACACCAGCUAUGAGGAGAAGAGAUACACCAUGGGGGACGCUCCGGACUAUGACAGAAGCCAGUGGCUGAAUGAAAAAUUCAAGCUGGGCCUGGACUUUCCCAAUCUGCCCUACCUAAUUGAUGGGACUCACAAGCUCACCCAGAGCAACGCCAUCCUGCGCUACAUUGCCCGCAAGCACAACCUGUGUGGAGAGACAGAAGAGGAAAGGAUUUGUGUGGACAUCUUGGAGAACCAGCUUAUGGACUCCCGCCUUCAGCUCAUCAUGCUCUGCUAUGGCCCUGAUUUUGAGAAAAAGAAGCCAGAGUUCUUGGAGGGCCUCCCUGACAAGAUGAAGCUCUUCUCGCAGUUCCUGGGGAAGCAGCCCUGGUUUGCAGGGAACAAGAUCACCUUUGUGGAUUUCGUGGCCUAUGAUGUCCUUGACCAGUACCGGAUGUUUGAGCCCAAGUGCCUGGAGGCGUUCCCUAACCUGAAAGACUUCAUGUCCCACUUUGAGGGCCUGGAGGAGAUCUCUGGCUACACGAAGUCCAACCGCUUCCUUCCAAAACCUCUGUUUUCAAAGAUGGCCCACUGGGGCAACAAGUAGGAGCCUGCAAUGGCGGGAUGAGAGGAGGAUGGACCGUGGCCCUGUCUCUGCCCUGCAGCACAGCCUACUCCUGAAUCCACGCCUCGCUUUCUCAUUCCUCUGCCCUUGCUACUCCCUUGUCCUCUGCAAGGCCUUGUCAGCUCCCUUUUCCUACCCAGCCCUUCCCCCGGUCUGGGCUCUUAAGUGUCUCCUCCCACUUUUCAUUAUGGAAGUCCCCGUGUCCCUUCCUUGUGCCUGAUGUAAAGUAGCCAGACAGCCCUUACUUCUGAUGUGAGGAGGCUGCCUGACUCCGUGUUCCACCUGCCUGGUGUGGAUCUUCGUGUGCAGGCCUUGGUCCAUAUUGUUGUGUUGGGUGCCCCAGCUGUGUGUGAUCCUCAAUAAAGCUUGAAAAAUAA